AUGUACCCAAACCCCGGACCUCCUGCUGGUUGGAGUCCGAAUGGUACUCCACAGCAACAACCUCACCCUCAACAUCCUCAGCACCCUCAGCACCCUCAGCACCCCCAACACCCGCAACAACACCCUCACCCGCAACAACAUCAACAACCCCCGCCGCAACACCAACAACAUCAGCAACAGCAACCUCCUCCACCUUCAUCAUCUGCACCUCCGCAACAUCAACAGCAGUGGGCGCCACCUACAGCGCAUCCCAACGCUCAGUACGCCCAGCAACGUCCUCCUCAGAUCCCUUCCAUCAGCCAGACAUUGCCUCACGGGGGACCUCCAACCAUGGCCACGCUUCAACCUUCUCACCCGGAACAGUAUCGUUCGCUGCCACCGCCUCCGAUGUAUGGACAUGCUCCUCCAGGUCACUACCAGCCGCCUCUCCCUUACCCUCCUCAACCUGCACCUCGUCAGAGAACAGCGAUUGCUUGCCGCUACUGUCGUCGCAGAAAGAUCCGAUGCUCUGGCUUCGAUCAGUCCGAGGAUGGUCGCUGCACCAACUGUCAGCGUUUCUCGCAGGAGUGUGUCUUCACGCCCGUCUCGGCCCAAUCGCAAGCUUUUGUUCCGGCGCAUACCGUCUGGAGACAGCAAGGUGCACCACCACAGCAAUUGUACGGAGCUUACGGUCAGCCACUUCCUCCUCAGCAGCAUGCACGCGAUCCCUACCCUCCGCCGCAACAUCCCUACCCUCCCCAGGGUUACCCUCAGGGCCCACCCGUGUAUGGAAUGCCUCAACAGAUGCAACAGGGACCUCCACCACCACACGUUACGCCUCCACAGCCGACAGGAACACCACAACCUGGGCAAGAAGCUGGUCGCAAGCGUCCCAACGAAGAACCUCACACGCCUACCCUCCCUCCGCCAAACCCUGCACAAGCUGCUCAGCUACCUCAACAAGGUCCUCCACCUCAUGUCCCACCUCAGUACACCUACCCUGAUCCCACUGGCUUGACCCCUGCAGCUGGUUCGCCUGCUUCCUCGACGACCUCGUCUCAGUACCCUCAGCCCCACGCUCCUCAGCCAUACUUUGCGCAGGGAGCUCCACAACGCAAAUCACCUGCUCCCCAGCCGACUUACUCGUUCGAUCAGCCUCGUCCUUCUCACUCUCCGCACACGCAUGCUGCUUCUGUUCCUCCAGCCGCCUACAAUCCGGCAGUGACCUCGCACCCAGACACUAAGCCGCCUGUGCCUUCCUCAGAGCGUUCAAGCCCUUCGAACGCUACUAGGGGUGUGCGCAUCGAUGCGCUUGUCGGUCCCGGUGGUCUACCCCAACAGCCUCAGCCUCAGCAGAACCAUGCUCAACCGCCACCACCUCCUCCCUCAACCGCUGCCCACUCUCAGCAGCCGCAGCAAGCACCUGGCGCAACUUCUGCCUCACAGCAGGCUCAAAACGCAGCCAACUCGGAGGGUGGGAGAAGCCAAGCUGAUAGUAACAUGCUUAGCAAGCUCAACAAUCAGAAGCGCAUGUAG